UAUUUGGUGCUCUAAAUUAUAAAUAUUUAGUAUUUUAACAAGUUAAAGAUAGUUUAUUUUAAUAGAAAUUGGAGCUUUAUAUUUGGGGUUCUAUUUUAAGUGUUGUUAUUUAAUAAAUUUCUAUUGGGCGUUAUAAAAAUAUAAUCUUUUUAGUAUUUUAAGAAGUGAAAGAAAGUUUAUAUAUUGGGUAGUGAAAUUUGAUGGGUGGGAUUUGUGUUAAGCCAUCUGGUGGGAGUCCAUGGGAAAGAAGGAGUAGUAAAUUUUCAUCAGAAUCGCGUGUUUCACGGUCUAGAAGGGAGGAAAGUUUUAGGGUGAAAAGUCGAGUGGAGGUUAGAACUGGGUCGAUCGAUAGGAGAGUGAAUUCCAUUAGGCGUGUGCGGGAUCAGGAUGAUCACUUUGAAAAAAAGAAAGAGUUUUCUGGAUCUAGGUUUGAUAGUAGUUUGAGUAUCGCGUCAAUUCCGAAAGCUAUAGAAGGGGAACAGGUUGUUGCGGGUUGGCCUUCUUGGCUUGUAGACGUAGCUGGUGAAGCUAUUAAUGGUUGGUUGCCUAGGAAAGCGGAUACUUUUGAGAAGCUAGAUAAGAUUGGUCAAGGAACAUAUAGCAAUGUAUAUAAGGCUCGUGAUCUUACCAACAAUAAGAUUGUUGCUUUGAAAAGAGUGCGCUUUGAUAAUAAGGAUAUUGAGAGUGUCAUUUUUAUGGCGCGAGAAAUACUUAUCUUACGAAGGCUUGAUCAUCCAAAUAUUAUUAAAUUGGAAGGAUUGAUAACUUCUCGGACUUCUUCCAGCUUAUACUUAGUAUUUGAGUAUAUGGAACAUGAUCUAACCGGACUUGUAUCAUUACCUGGAAACAAGUUCUCGGAACCACAGGUUAAAUGUUACAUGAAACAGCUGCUAAGUGGACUUGAUCAUUGUCAUAGUAAUGGUGUCCUGCAUAGGGACAUAAAGGGGUCAAAUCUUUUGAUUGAUGAUAAUGGAAUCUUAAAAAUUGCUGAUUUUGGCUUGGCAAAUUUCUAUAAUCGUGGUCAAACUGUGCCAUUGACCAGCCGGGUUGUAACUCUCUGGUAUCGACCACCAGAAUUGCUACUUGGAGCAACACGUUAUGGCGUUGCUGUGGAUAUGUGGAGUGCAGGAUGCAUCCUCGGAGAAUUAUAUGCUGGCAAACCUAUCAUGCCUGGUCGUACCGAGGUUGAGCAACUGCAUAGAAUCUUCAAGCUUUGUGGUUCACCAUCCGACAGUUAUUGGUCAAAAUCAAAAUUACCUCAUUCAACAGUAUUUAAGCCGGUCCAUCCUUAUAAACGACGGAUUAUGGAAGCUUUUAAAGAGUUUCCUUCACCUGCUAUUGCACUUAUGGAGACCUUACUUGCAAUAGAUCCUGUACAAAGAGGAACUGCAGCGCUAGCUCUUAAGAGUGAGUUCUUUACAACAGAACCAUUAGCUUGUGAUCCUUCUAGUUUGCCAAAAUAUCCCCCUAGCAAAGAGAUUGACGCAAAAAUGAGAGAUGAUGAAGCUAAAAGACAAAGAGCUGCAAGAGUGAAUGGCCAAGUUCCCGAUAAGGAAAGCAGGGGACCAAGAGAAACUCGUGCAGUGCCAGCUCCUGAUGCCAAUGCUGAGCUAGCCACGUCAAUCCAGAGAAGGCAGAGCCAUGGAAGUUCACAGAGUAGAAGUGAGUUUUUUAACAGGCAUAAGGAAGAUGCUGCUUCUGGUUUUCCUAUAGAGCAAUCCGUUACGCCAAAGGGUUCAAAAGACACAACUAAAGGUGUGAAACGUUCUCCUCCAAUGAGGGGAUCUUAUUCGGGUCCAUUAGUGGCAGGUGCUGGAUGGACACAGCCAGGAAAGAAAUACAGUGAAGUUUCCUAUGAUAAAAAUGUAACUUCCAAACCAACAAAAUAUCAAGUCGGUAAAUUGUCAGAAUCAACCGAAGAAUUUAUGCAUACAAGAAAGCAUGAGCAGAGAGAUGUUUCUCAGAACAUGGCUGGCCCAUGCAGAGUAGGAAGCGGAAGACCUAGUAAUAAGGAAUCAUUUAUGGAUGCCCAGGGAUAUAAGGGAAACAAGAUCCAAUUCUCAGGUCCCCUGGUUUCAUCAAAUGUGGAUCAGAUGCUUCGAGAUCAUGAUCGUCAUAUCCAAGAAGCUGCACGGAGAGCACGCCUUGAGAGGACAAGGGCUCAGUGAAGGGGUGCAAAUGAUGAUAAAUGCGUUGCCUAGCCAUAUAUAAGCUCAGACAGGUCCACAGGGAGGAAAGUUGAUGCUCUCUUCUACUACCAGAUGGCUUUGUGUAUAGUAAUUCUUGAUUUAUUUUUUUCCUGGAAUUUAGGAGGGUACGGGUCUAUUGUUAUGUUGGAAAGUAUAGGAACAAAUAACAGCACGAUUUUUGAAACAGAAUAUGGUUUUUGCUCA